AUGAGUAUGAGCGUGACUACAGAACCCACUAACGAUGCUACCACUGUUACAGAAGAAAGCAAAAUGGAAACAGCUGAGAAGACUGAGACGAAACCAGAGGAGGUGGUAGCCGCAGCAGCAGCAGCAGUAGCAGCAGCAGUUCCAGCUCCAGCAGCCCCAGAGGAAGAGGAGGAAGAAGAGGAGUAUGUUGUGGAGAAGGUCCUGAACCGACGAGUGGUGAAAGGGAGAGUGGAGUAUCUCCUCAAAUGGAAAGGUUUCUCAAAUGAAGAUAACACCUGGGAACCUGAAGACAACUUGGACUGUCCAGAUCUCAUCGCAGAGUACCUUCAGUCCCAAAAGAUGGCACAGGAUGGGAAACGAAAGGCAGAGGGAGAUGGUGAUGAAAGCAAAUCAAAGAAGAAAAAAGAUGAUCCUGAGAAGUUGAGAGGUUUUGCUCGAGGACUGGACCCAGAAAGAAUCAUUGGCGCUACAGACUCGACAGGAGAACUUAUGUUCUUGAUGCAAUGGAAAAAUUCUGAUGAAGCAGAUCUGGUCCCAGCAAAAGAAGCAAACGUGAAGUGUCCGCAGAUUGUCAUUUCGUUCUACGAGGAGCGGCUGACCUGGCAUUCGUACCCCACCGAAGACGAGAAAAAGGAUGAUAAAAACUAA